AAAUGAAACUGAAAGUGAGUCUGAGGGAGAGAAGGAAAGCGAAUCUCAGAGGUUCCUGGUGGAGAGGGCUUCAAGAGCCCCGGGAGGGUCCUGGGGAAUGGUGGGAAGAGAAAUGCUGGCCCUGUACCUGCUCAGCCCUGGGCUGCUAUGGAUUUCAGGCUGGCAUGUGGUGGAGGCUGGCAUGAAGCUGAGGAAGGUCAGCCAGCUGCCCUGCAUCUUGGAGAUCCCCGUAGAUCCCUCCACGACCCUCGACAAAGAGCCACGCCCUCAGUGGCAACAUAUUCAGCUUGUGCUAAGCAGUUCUGAGAGCCAGACCCUGGCCCGCCAGGCCAGUGAUGACACCUUCCUAUUGUACGACAAGGCAGGGGUCCUUCUCCCUCAUAUGGACAAGGAUGUGGAUAAGCUAGAGUGCAGGAUGAACCGCUACUUCACCGCCAACACGCAGAUCCUGUGGCCGGGCCUCCCUCGGCACCAGGCCCAGUUGCCCACCUGGUACAUUGUGACUAUCACCCACACAGACAGCAGUUUCAGAAUCACCACCUUCUGCGUCCAGCCUGCUAACCCUGCCCAGGGCCCUGGGCCAGCACCCCUCUCAGGAGUGUUUUCCCUUCACACCAAGGCCUCCAAAGUCCAGGUGAAGCUACAGGGGUCGGUCCUCCUCAGCUGUGGAUUCACCGUGGACCAUACCCCCCGAGGCUGAGGCUGUGGACGUGAUGUGGA